AUGCGGGUGCAGCGGGCGCUCGCGGGCGGUAUCGAUCGCUGGGCGGGGCGCGGGGCGGGGCGCCCGGGCCGGGCGUCAGUACGCGUCGGGGCCGCGUCCGCGCGGUCGUCGCUCGUCCAGCUGCGGCGCGCCGGAGUGACUCCGCGGUCUCGGGCGCCCGGCGGCGGCGGCGAGCCUCGCGCCGCCCGCCCCCGCGCCGAUGCCGCCCGCCCGCGCUCGCGCUCCGCUCCCUGCGUCCGUCCCGCGCCCAGAGGCCCGCGCCGCGCGCGCAGCCUCGCCGUCCGCUCCGACCACCCGCGCCCCAGGUUGCGACCCGUGUUCCUGUGGGCCCGCCAGCAGGACGGCCGAGUGCAGGCCGUGCACUGCGAGGACUACGACCCGCGCAACCGCAUCCGCCUCGCGCGCACGCCCGGCGGCUGGCGCGUGAUCCCUCGCACCGAGAUCUACAACGCUAUCCGGGUGCCACCUGCGCCUCCCCGCGAGCGCAAGCGCAGCCGCGGCCGUGCCGCCCGCAAGCGAGCCCGCGAGCCCGCCUGGCUCGCUCCUCCCGACCUGGAGACCCACAUCCCCUCGCACACCAUCGCGGUGCCGCGCGCGGCUGCCGCGGCGCGUGUGCCCGCGCCGCCGCCGCCGCCGCCCACGCCGCCGCCGGAGCCGACGCCGCUCGACAACUUGCUGGCCGUGGCCGAGCUCGAGUUCAACCAGCAGCGCGGCAAGGACCUCGAGCUCGAAGCCGGCGUGAACGACGCCUACGCCUUCCUGCCCGACGAGGCGGUGGCUAGGGACGUCAUGUCGUUUGAACUCGGUGAACCCCCCAAGACUACCGAGGAUAUAUUUUACGAUCGGAAAUCCCACGGGGAGGAGGACUUUCAGAACAAUCUAGUGGUCCAUAAGGAUUUGUUUGAGACUAUCAGUGAGGCACAUUACUUGCCUGAGUUGAGCGGGCCCCACGAUGAGGCCCUUCUCGAAUCUCUCGUAGAGAAAGGUUGUGAGGAUAAUCAAAUCCUGGGGCAGGCGCUGGACAAGCUGGCGCACCUGGUGACGGGUGGUGGUGACUACGCAGAAGAAGAAGAAGAUAUGCUGUUGAGUGGAGCGCCAGUGGCCGAUAUUAUUGACAGGCUGGAGCAAUCGCUCGAGUCUCCUGGCCGCAGCAGCAUCACCGCCGCACAAGGCCUGCUGCAUCUACACCACAUCGGAGAUCAGCUGCAUGACAUCCAAACGGACCAACAGACUGUCGAUCAAACUUACAUGUCUGAUGAAGUGUUUGUUCCUGAAGUACCUACAGAAUGCUCUUUAACGUUAAGUCAAGAAAGGGAACUUCAGGAUGCCAAUGAAAUCACUCGUAUGGAGUAUGAACAAGAAGCCGAGAAGACGCUAGAAGGUAAUGCUGAAGCAACUGAAUCUUUGUAUACUGAUAUUAGUGAGCCUGUAGUUGAAGAGCAUCAGACUUACAAAGACAACACCGAGGAGGAACUGCCAAAUCCUACGUUAUCAGAAGACAGUGAAAUGUCCGUGCCAACCGAAAUUGCUGCAGAUGCUGACGCUCCGGAAGAUGAUGAACCAGUACAGAAAAACGAGGAAAAUGUACCAACGUGCAUGCCGAAAGAAGAAGUUACGCAGCCGGAAGGUCCUGGAGAAGACUCCGAAAAGGAACCAGAACCGGAAUCAGAAGACCCUUCGGUGUGUGAGUUAGUGGCUACUGAUCUUAGUUUAAAAGCAGUUCAAAAACAAAAACAAGUGUUAAGUGCGGUGGUAGAAACAAGGCAUAUGGAAGCAAUUGUGACAGUGGAAAAGAGCGAAGAACUUCCGAGAGACUUGAGUGUGCACCGGAGACUACCGACCCCCCACGCGUCGCCGCGGAGGAUUGACAUCCCGAGGGCGCCGUCGCGAGAGUCGGACGCCAUGCAGUCCCCGCAGCCCAGCGGCAUCCCCGCCAUUCCAUCAUCACCAGAAAUAUUCACGGCUCCGCAAAAGAGCAAACAGACCCUGUUUUUAGAAACGUUACUAUCUUCUCCAUCUCCAAAGAUGUACACGUCCGAAGUUACCAUCACAAAGCAACAAUGUGAGCCUCUUAAUUUAGGUAAACAUAGAAAAUCUGCAAGCCCCACCGUCUCCAGUUGCUCAGAUGAAAUGAGGAAAUUAAAUAAAGAAUUCGGUGAGCCGCAGGAAAAAGGAUAAAGAAUGAGACAGAUUUAGUUAAAAUUAGUAAAGUAUUCAAAAAUUCGCACGACGAGUCUAAAAAAUCUGAAAAGUUGAUACAUAAAUCUAAUGAGGACACGAGUCCAAUAAAGCAAUUGCAAAUUUUAAAGACUACUGCAGACUUUAACAUUCCAGACCCGCUCUUAGUACCAAAAGACAAACUGAAUCACAUAUUAGCGGCACCGGGGCGAGAGAUACCGGCAUUAUUAAUUCAGAGGCCGGAGCUCAGACUACCCGAGGCAUUCGCGUACCCUUCCAUCCUUCAAGACCCAGAUAUAUUAGUCAUAUCUUUAUCACAACUUGAAACCAUCUUAGAAAAUGAUGCCAAAAAAUUAUCGACUCCUAAAGCUCCUACAUUGCCAGAGCCUAUAAGAAUGUCGAAUAGCGAUCCAUCUAAGUCUGAAGUACGUAGUACUACCACUCCAGUGCCUGACCAAACGGCACACCCUAAACCUAUACAACUAGAUGCUUUAGCUACUGAUAUAGAUGCGGCCACCACCGCGGCGCUCAACCAAAUGUUCUGGCUACCCUACUUAAAUCAAUUAGAAGUAAUGGCGGCUUGUUCGCAAAAUAGCGAAUUCCUAAAAGCAAUGAGUGCAUCUGGCUACUCCGGGCAAAAUUAUGCAGAGUUAUCUCAAAUGCUAAACGCGUCUCGCUUUAUGGGACCCGGUGGGUUCCCAAUGAUGCCACAGAUGGACUACGACAACAGAAUGCAAUUCGCUAUGUGGCAGGAGGCUAUGAAUCAGGCGAACGCAGCUGCGUCUCGGUCGAAAUCGGAUGCCCAGAAAGAAGUGCCAUCAAAAUCUGCUGACGUCCAAAAUCCUUUCGUCCAUUCCACAAAGAAUCAUCAAAGCAAAUCACAGUCGCAUUCGGCAGCACGAACUAGCCCGAUCGCGCACAACUACAAUAAUAAUCAGCGGUCUAUGGCCCACAAUCCAUUUUUCCAAAGCAUGUAUCCCGGGAUGAACCCGAAUAUCAGGCCUAACAUGCCGCUGCCGGGUUUGCAGAUACCGUAUUUUAAUCCAAAUAUGAUGGGGAGCCAACGAUCGCCCCGCACGAGUCAGCAGAAGAGCCCAACCUCGCCAUAUUAUCCGAACAAUAACUAUUUGCAAAGUGUGAAACAUUCAGAGGCUACGCAUCAGCGCAGUAGUAGCACGGGGUCUCAGGAGUCUCCGCGUCCGCGGAUUAGUGUUAAAUCGCUCCAGAACCUUCUGGAGCCGACAGCGGCUGCGGCGUCAGGGGUGGCGGCUCGACGGUCAUCUGUGCCAUCGUCGUCCCUGGGCCGGCGGCGGGACGAGCCCGAGGUGGGCAGCACCACGCCGCUCGGCGAGCCUCCGCCGCUCCCCAUGCCGCACCCGCACGACCCAUCGACCUACCACUUGUGGCAUCCUCUAUUUGGCAAUCAGAAGGGCUACAACAGCCCGUGGAGUUGGACAACAGUGACAGCGACGGGCGACUGACCGCGAGCCCCGCGCGGGCCGCCCGCGCCGCCGCAGUGAAUAGGGGAAGGACGGGGCUGGACGGUUACAUUGGGUUUUGACACAACUUUUGAGGUUAUGUUGGACGCCAUCUUGGAUUUUGAGGUUAUAUUUUGUCGACGUGACAAUGUUGAGGUUAUCGUGCAGAUUUGAGGUUAUGUUUUGUCAAUGUGACAGUUUUGACGUUAUCGUGCAGAUUUGAGGUUAUUCUCUGUUGGAGUUUAAGGUUAUAUACUUUUGAGGCUUGUUUGAAAAUUUUAGUUGUACCAAGAGUAUAACUAUCUUAAAAUGAACGCACGACGCAAUCAAUCAACAUACUGAGAUAUAAAACAUUAAUAAUUUGCAAAGUUUAUUUUAAGAUAGACACCUGAGACUAUUUACUAAAUUAAGUCUGAUAGUGUUCAAGUCAAAUCAAAAAUCAUGCUCCUAAAAUACCUCUUUAGUCUAGAAUGCUACGUUGAAGUUUUUUUGAUUUGACUUUAAUACUAGAUACAAUCAAAUCUUUUUUCGGUUUUCAAAUCUAUUGGAGGAUCAAUUGUUGUUUUUCUUAGUGACUGUUUAAAAUUUGCUCUCGCAAGUAUCAGAAUACGAAAUUUUGUAAUCUGGGACAAGAUUAUACAAACUUAUUUAGCUAAUCUGAUACUUUUUAUACAAGUUUAUGUUGAAACAGUUAUGAUUGAGGUUAUGUUUUGAGUUAAUGAGGUUAUUUUAAACUGCCAUAGGUACGUAACUUUGGAAAAAUUACUAAAAAACGCAAUUCUUCACACAUAAUAAAUAUGCAAUGCCGGGUAAGACGGACGUGUAACGUUACAGAAUGUACUAGAACGAACUACUACAAUGUUUCUUACAAAAAACUGCUACGUCCAUCUUGACUGACUUGCGUGCGUCUGAAACUUAUGAAAUUGUAUGUUGACUACUUACUUGUUUUUACCGAUUUUUUUACUUUAAAGUCAUUAAGUUUUUCUACCCAUACGAGCGUUGAAUAUUUUUUAUAAUUCCGUAUUUCUGAACAAUAUGGCAUCCGCUUUCGACCAGUCUUGUUGUUUGACGAAUUUAAAACGAAUGCUGGUUGUGAUUGUAAAGAUAGUUGUUGCAGUUUGGUCGAAAACUGGACGUUCAAAUUUUAUUUCAUUCAUUGUUUUCAAUUAUUUAUGUAAUUAGAGCAGUCGAAGGCUUAAAAUGCUAUACUUACACAUCGUAAUAUAUUUUUCAUUAAUCGAAUGAGAAACAAUGCAAAACUCUUCAAAAAUGGUACCUAGUUUAAAAAUGAAAUCAAAUUAUACACUGCAAGUAUACUUUAUUUCAUAUGAAAAUCUUCUUCUUGUCUACAUAUAAAGUCGUAUAUUGUGUCAUCGAUUGCUCUAAACGCAUAGGUAUCUGUCAUUUAAAAAACCCUGGACCAGCUCCAAUUUGUGCGAAAUGAUCCGUCCGAUGUUGUUAGACCCCCAGCGCUGCGGCAGUAUCUCUGUUCCGCCGUUUCUCGUGAACUCAGCUGCGCUCAGUAUGUAUAAGGUUACGUGUCCUGUUGUAUGGGAAAGGCAAUCAUACGUACUUAUAUUUAAUGGUUUUAAUACAUUUUUGUCAUACCUCUUCUUCCCUAGAUUGAAAAGGGUUACAAAAAAAAUGUAUUACGCCAAGACUUGAUAAGAAACACUGGCAGAAGAAAUAUCAACAAUUCAUAUUAAACGCUUGACAGUUAAUUUUUGAUAACAACGCCAUCUGUUGGCAAACUUGAUUGCCUUUCUCGCCAAUAUUCAAAUAAGUAUGAAACGCUUUUUAUGUUAAACAAGAAUAUUAUUAAGCUUACAGUUUACGAUAUUGAAAUAUUGUACUAACUUAUAGUUCAGAUCAGACACAACGACGGCACAAUUUAGAGAUAUUCUGUGAACUUUAUUGUCUUUAAAUAAGGUCAACUUUGUCUCUUAAAUGUGCUUUACGAUAUAGAUUAGGUAUGUCACCUGACGAAGGCAAGUCGAUUUAAUUAAAUUAAUCGUGAUUGAUAAUGAGCUCCUUCGGAAAAUGAACUACCUAACUAUACAUGUAGCUCACUAGAUAAACAGUCUAUUUAUCACUUCACUACCUAGCAAAGUUAGUACAUGUUCAACGUCUCUGACAUACAUUUAAAGUUAGAACAAUGUCCGUGAACCGUGCAAUUAGAAAUACCUAGUUACAAGUAAGAAAACGCAGUUGAGUUCACACGGCGCGCGCUUUACUGGAAAGGAAUUGUAUUACCUGUUAUAGGAAACCCACCUUCGUGAGUAUCUACAUUCGUAUUUUACGUCUAUGCGGCCUUCACUUUAACAUAUAUAACGCUCAAUAUGUUUGUAAAUUGAGCAUAAUACACAGUAUUUUUAAGAGACAUUGGUUUCACCUUAAAAGCUAUCUGUACAGAUUGGUCAGAAAAUUCUUUAACCAUUUCCGUUUUCCCCAAUCUGUUCACAAUGUUUAUUACGAUAUCAUGGCCAUAAACGUUUACGCACAGUACACACUUUCAAUAUUCCUAUAAUAUAAAAACAGAAAGCGUACCGUAUGUGUUUAUGACCAUGACUGCGUUUUACAAAUCAAUUAAUAUUAUCUAAACACAGCAACAUACGUAGUGUAGCGUAGCGUUUAAUUAACAAGUUUCAAUGCCUACUUAUUUAAUGUGAAGGCCGGCCUUGUACUGUGCUAAAUAAGUUUAAUGUAUAAAUAGUGGGAGUUAAUAAAUUGGUGCGGUAUACUUGUAUAAAUAUAAUAAAUAAUAUAGAUAUUUUUAUAUUUAUCGAAACUCGCAAAACUCGACUCUUAGACAGCUUUCCUCUAUCUACAAUCUUUUCCAGCGCAACUAUACCGUACCGUACGUUUAUCUCCUUUCAUAGAGUAACGUGGCAAAUAAAAAUGUAGAUGCUCAAAAAUACCAUAUCCCUAAAUGUAAGGUGCAUACCGGGAGGGAAGGCGUAAAGCGUAGACUAGAAACUCUAAAUUGUAUUACUCUAAAGUUUAGAGUUUCUAGUCUAGUUGAAUUUAGAACAUAAUUUAUUAUUAGUUGUGAUAUUUAUGACAAGUAACGCGGUGGAGACCGCGAUAGUUCCAAAUGAGUGCAAUCUGGUACGGACUGUAUGUAUUACUGUAGUUAGAGAAGAGGUUAUAAUGCAUUUAUUUAUACGCGAGACUGGCUGGUUGCAUUUGGAAGUGUAAACUACUUACCUACUCAAAAGCAACUAUCGUUGCUGAAGAAUUGAUAAAAUAAAAACCUAGACAUGUGCAAUUGUGCUGUCCUAUUUUUUAGUUAAAAUUAAGUAUUUAUUAAAUUCAGACUAAGGAUUACGCUUACAUUUUUGGCACUUUUUGUAAAAUAGUUAAUGUUGAUUAGCGAGCUAAGAUUAAGUACUUCGCCAUAAGCUUGUGAAUAAGCCUAUUUCGAAUGCAACCAGCGUUUCUCUUAAUUUAAGUCUUCUGUUAACUUUAGACAAUUUGUGGCGUACUUAAGAGUUCGUUGAAACGUACUUAUGCUUGAAGUUCAUCAAGAAAACUUUCUCCAAUAUUGCGUGCAAUGGGAAAGUUGAUAAGUAGUAUUGAAGUGGACAAGCCCUCUGAUAAGAAAACUUAUCGCCAAGUUUCAAAGUUACUUAAGUCUUAUCAAGAAAUAUUACUUCAUAUUUGUUGUUGCUUUAUUACAUUUAAAAUUGUAUCUACUUACUACUUUCAGUAUUCUUGGACGUAGGUACCUAAGUCCGAAUGUACCUAACGCCGGUUAAAAUCGAUUUCAUACUCUAAUCACGUAGCGAAUAUUGAAUUAAAAUAGAUGUUUACUUUUCGUAUUAUACGUGAAUGAAAUUGACGGUACGUCGCAAAUUGCAGCCGGUCCAAACGGAGCGUUGAUCAGAUCUCUUUCACUCUCUAAGUGUUACAUGUAGCGACAGUUAUUAGUGCUUAGUUCGGACCGGCUUACUGAGAUCAAACAAUAGACAAUGAACAACGAAUAGGCUGAACCUGCGCGGAAAAAGAAACGUCGUAAAUUUAUUGGAUCCCAUCCGUUUCAUGAGUCUUCCCUUUCCGUACAAACACUACCGGACCAAGGAUCCUCAAUACCCAACCAGCACGAAUAUCAUAAGAGCCAUUCCACACAAGCAUCUUUGAAGGUCAGCUUCCAGUCAGCGCUAUGGGAAAUGGCAAUGGGCUUAAGCUGCACCGAGCAGCACCCAUAGAUUUCACUAGACACCGACGCUUAGGAGACGCUAGUGUGGAGUUGCCCAUAGCUAACUCUGUGUGCCAUUUGCUAUGACAAAGUGUGCCAAGUCAAUAUGAUGUUAAUAAAUUAAUAAAUUCAUUUAUUUAUUACGUCAAAUGAUUCAUUAUAAAGUCAAUAUGACAUUUUAUAAUAACUGUCUCUCAGUGUUAUAUUCAAGACAGUUAGUUACAAUUAGGCAUCAGUUAAUGUCAUUACCUUUUAUUCCAAAGUCAAUUUGAAAAACAAAUUGGAUAUUAUUUGAUCUCAGAUAUUUAUACUUACUAUAGGUAGAUGAAACGAUGCGUUUCAGAAAUUCUAGUGGUAUUCAUUCUCUGUCACAGAAGUUAAUGUUUAAACACUAUCUGGGACAAUUUUCAGGACAAGUGGUUGUUGUCACAACUAUUAAGAUACUUAAGGCUAUUUACACACUUGAGUCACUCGACAAGGAUAUUUGUACUUCAAUUAAAUAAGACAUAAAUUUAUCAAUUUAAAACUUCAUGCCACUAGAAUCCAAGAAAAAUCGUUUCAUGCCCUUUUGUGAAAAAAGCUAUUUAUUUCGUUAUUUUUUAAGUUUUCGAUGAUUUUAAUUGUUCUCGUUACUUUCCUUGGGAAUCUUUAUCGAGUAGUAUUAGUAAGUACAAUUUUGAGCAGUAGGGGGCCCGGCGCCGGUGUUCGCCGGCUACUUUUCUAGUGUACAAUUCCAUUUUUUCUAAACAGCUAAAUACGCUUGAUGAUAAUCUAAGUUGGUAGUGGGUACCUUUAAAAUUUAAAAAGUUAGUAUUAACUAACGCGCAAGAGUUUAACCCUUUGACUGGCAAUGACGUGACUGACAUCCUUCGUAUUCCGAGAAUAUUCUCGAUGACGCGCCGCGCACGUCACGAUAAAUGUCGCGUUCAAACGGUAUAACCACAGUAUAAGACACGGGGCCCGUUUCUCAAAACUGAAAGUUACAAGCGGAAAUCUCUUUCCAACUUGUCAUAUUAGACAUUGACUACCACUUGUAAAUUGUACCUUGUAGCUUCGAGAAAUGGGCCCCAGUAUGUAAUAACUCUUCUAAAACGUACGCCGCGCGGUAUGUAUAUAUGUAUGUGGCGCUGUGUACGUACACGGCGCGCAUACAUACAUACCGCGCGGCGUACGUCUGUUAGAAGAGUUACUACUGUGUGCGUAGCCGAAAGCCCAAUAAACGCUUUACGAUUCGUUCAAGAUUCGCUCACGAUUUGUGAGCGUUUCGUGAAGCGUUUGUGCAUUCGGGUACGCACACUGGUCUUAUUACUUAAGUUGCAGGAUAGAGGAUCAAACGUUUUAUAAUCUUGUCAAUAUUCCAAUUACUUAUAUCGAAAAUUCUACAUUAUAUGGUUCCUAAAAUGAAUAUCCACCAUCCACAACCUCUUAGAUAUCUCUUGUAGCUACCGGGUCCUCGUCGUUAAUAUAAUCAUUCGUGGUAAUCACUAAUCCAAAAGUUUCCUGAUGUAAUUUAUUGUCGGAAUAAAAAAAUACGCUUCUAAAGUGUACUAUGACAUAUGUAAAUAUAGGACAAACUAAUAUUAUAAUAGUGAAUGUUGUAAUUUGUAUAUAAGUAACGAAAAUUAAAUUUUAAAUACAUAGAUAA